GUAUUUUUCUUUUGGAAACCGUUCACAAUCAAUCAUUUAUAAAAAUAACAUUUUUAUCAUAUUUUUAUCAGUGGUGUUUGUAGCUAUCCAGGAAUCUAACAUUGGAACUACAAUGCCCAGCGUGCAGCGGGGGAAAAGUAGUCCAACGCCGAGCAUGACACUCACAACAAGGAAGUAGAUACUUGCAGCGUCUGACUUGGUUGCUGUAAUCUUCUUAGAAGACAGCAGGACAGGUUUUGCUUAAGUACGUAGGUACGAGCCUUUUGCUAUUUCGGAUGUCACUGGGUUUAUACUAGGCUCGUGAAUUUGAUUUGAUUAUUAACUCAACUAGAAUCAGCCUAUGAGAUGGAGCCACUGACAGUGGUUUCUAUUGGAAAAGAAGAUACUUGAAUCGCCGCUUCAUUCAUUCGGGAUGAGAUAGUAACACUAAAUAUUAGAGAUCUCCACGAAAGACGAAUUUGGAAAAAGCAGGUGCUCCUGACCACAUCACCCUCCGUUCACCAUGCGGGUGGUCACCUUCUUUCUGGUGGGGCUGGCGGUCCAUGUGGUCUUCUUCCUGUCCAUCUUUGACAUUUACUUCACCUCUCCGCUGGUGCACGGCAUGACGCCCCAGAAGGUCUCGCUGGCGCCCCCUGCCUCCAGGAUCGUGCUACUGGUGGCCGAUGGUCUCAGGGCGGACAGCCUCUUCUCUCUGCUCCCCAACGGUUCUUCCAGAGCGCCCUACCUGAGAAGUGUGAUGGAGGACCGGGGAACCUGGGGCGUGUCCCACACCCACGUGCCCACUGAGUCCCGGCCAGGGCACGUGGCUCUCAUCGCUGGCUUCUACGAGGACGUCAGCGCCGUCGCUAAGGGCUGGAAGGAGAAUCCUGUGGAGUUUGACUCCGUCUUCAAUGAGAGCAGACACACCUGGAGCUGGGGCAGCCCGGAUAUCCUGCCAAUGUUUGCUAAAGGUGCCAGCGGCGAUCACGUGUACACCCACACCUACCCAGCUGUGGAGGAGGACUUCGCCUCCACCGAUGCCUCCCGACUCGACACCUGGGUGUUCACGCAAGUCAAGGCGUUUUUCCAGUCGGCCAGGUCCAAUUCCAGCCUGAAGGACAUUCUGCAGGAGGAUCAGAACGUCUUCUUCCUCCACCUGCUGGGCAUCGACACCAACGGCCAUGCCCACAGGCCCCAGUCACGGGAGUACCAGGAGAACAUAGGACUGGUGGACUCAGGUGUAGAAGAGCUGGUCUCUGUCAUAGAGGACUUCUACCAUCACGACGGCAGAACCGCCUACGUUUUCACCUCGGAUCAUGGAAUGACCAACUGGGGCUCCCACGGUGCAGGCCAUGCCUCUGAGACCCUCACCCCUCUGGUGGCGUGGGGAGCGGGUGUCCAGGUCGCACAGAGACCAUUAGAGCCCCAGCAGUACACCGAUGGAUACCAGCAAGAUUGGCAUCUUGAGAAGUUCCGCAGGGUUGAUGUCAAUCAGGCUGACAUUGCACCACUCAUGGCUUCACUGAUUGGAGUGCCGUUUCCCCUCAACUCUGUGGGUAUGCUGCCUCUGUUGUACCUGGACAACAGCGGUCGAUUCAAGGCAGAGAGCAUGUACACCAACGCCAUGCAGAUGCUGGAACAAUUCAAGGUGAAAAUGGCUCAAAGGAAGGAGACCACAUUGUCUUUCCUCUUCACGCCAUUUCAACAGCUGAGUGAGACACAUCAAGUAGAGCUCAUCAGACAGAUCAAAAUACUGAUUCAGCUGGAGAAAUAUGAGGACGCAAUCACGCUGUGCAAGUCUAUGAUAACCGAAGCCCUGGAGGGCCUUGUCUAUUACCACACCUACGACAGGUUCUUCCUCGGCUGCAGUGUGGUGCUGGGAUUUGUAGGCUGGACCUCAUAUGUAGUCCUACUGAUCCUCAAGACCCACGCUAGCCUGAGGAGGCCGCCAGGCCUCGCAAACAUGAUUCCGAGCCAGACCCUAACGAGGCUGUGUGUCUGCGUCACCGUGGUGAUUUCAGUGUUCCUGGUGAUCCAAAAGAGUCCCCUCACAUACUACAUCUACUGUCUGCUGCCAGUCCCCAUUUGGUACUCAGUCUUCAGAGAGAGUGGAACUCUGAUGGAUCUGGUUCGCUCUGCGCCCUCGCUGCCUCUGUGGAAGUGUCUGGGCUACUUUUUGCUGAUCGCCUUUGGCAUUGAGCUACUGGUGGUGAGUUUCUUCCAUCGCGCUAUGCUGACGGUGGGUCUGGCAGCGCUCUCUCUCUGGCCAAUCCUGACAGGAAUCUACAGCCAGGCGAAGUUCCGCGCAGUGAGCUGGACGCUAGGCUGUGUCUGUCUGUCCACCUUUCCCCUCAUGCCGGUGGUAGGCAGAGAGGCCAACGUGCACUUUGUCACCUGUGCAGGCGUGCUCACCCUCUUCACCUCGGCCUGCUACUUGUGGUCGGCACGGCGACGGGCCCCGCUGCACCUCGGUGACAAGCAGCAGUUCUACGCCCAGAUGCUCCAUGUGGCCGUGUGUGCGUACGUUCCCACGCUCACACACAGCAGCCUGGAGCAGAAACAAGGCCUGCCACUCAUCAACCAGGUCAUCAGCUGGACCACGCUAGCCUCCUCCAUGGUUGUGCCCCUGCUGAGCUCCACCCGUCUCUUCCACCGCCUGCUCAGUGUGUUCCUCUCUCUCAGCGCCACCUUCCUGCUGCUCAGCACGGGGUCGGAGGCCCUGUUUCCUCCAAUGCUGUCCUGGCUGAUGUUUGUGUGGAUCAACAUGGAACAGGAGGCCAUGCAGGCUCAGGGCACCUCCAGCCGACAGGAGCUUUCCACGAUGGACUUCGCAGACAACAUCGACAUCACCCGGAUACGGCAACUGAAGUUGGAUGACAUCAGAAGAUCAUAUUUCUUUGUGUUCUUCAUAAUUACUGCUUUCUUUGGCACCGGAAAUAUAGCUUCAAUUAACAGCUUUGACCCGGCGUCUGUGUACUGCUUCCUCACCGUCUUCAACCCCUUCAUCAUGGGUGGGCUGAUGAUGUGGAAGGUCAUCAUUCCCUUUGUGAUCGUCAUGUGCACGUUUGAGACCAUUCAGGUCACCACCCAGCUGUCGUCCAGGAGCUUGUUCCUCAUCGUGCUGGUGAUCUCUGACCUGAUGGCUCUGCACUUUUUCUUCCUGGUCCAGGACUAUGGCAGCUGGUUGGACAUUGGAACAAGCAUCAGCCACUAUGUGAUCGUGAUGUCGAUGACCAUCUUCCUGAUGCUGCUCAGCGUGGCAACGCACAUCCUAACGUCGUGCCGGCUGACCGCAUGGCGGCGACGAAAGAGCCACUUCCCCUGAAAUGUGUGCGUGUGCGACCUGAGUGUAUUGUUUGUAUUGUGUCAUGAGGGUCAGUUAACAAUAAGACAAUUACAGGGAAACACUUUCAUGUUCUCUAAAAAGACUAGAUGGCCCUGUGCUUUAAGUGACUAUUUAUAGAUUUGUUUUAACGAUUGUAUUCUCUAGAAACUGGUGAGAAAAAUUGGUCUUGGAAUGACUAGGCGUAAUUGUACAUUUGGGUGUAACUUGUUUUAUGGUCGCUGCCUGAGCUGCUUUUCUAUGAUUUUAAGGUCAAAUGUUUUUAGUUUGUUUCCCCAGCUGACAUAAUAUAUAUUUUUAAUAAAGCCUGAAGAAAAGCA